CGGUGCCCGUCUGGUCACAUUGUGAGUCUGCCGGAGCGUCAUGUGACAGGGGAGUGGCCGCAAAGCAGGAAACACACCGCCGCUGCAAGUCCCAAAGAAAGCUCUCAUCAUGGCCUACCAGGCUGGGAUUCCAGAGGAGCCCAGCGCUUUGGUUCAGAACAUCAGCUCCAACAUCCAGAGGAUCACGCUGCUGACCUCCGAGUUGCAAAGGGCAGUGUCUCUGCUGGGAACGGAGCAGGACAGCAGCCAGCUGAGGCAGACGCUUCAGCAGAAGCAGCAGCAGGGUAACCACUUGGCAAAGGACACCGACAGACUGAUCAAGGCGUUCAGCGCACUUCCCAUCGGCCCCGACCAGCGGCAGAGAAAGCUCCAGAAAGAGCGCCUGCUGAACGACUUCUCCGCUGCACUGAACAGCUUCCAGAAGACGCAGAGGCAGGCGGCCGACAAGGAGAGGGAGUUUGUGGCCAGAGUCCGAGCCAGCUCCAGGGUGUCGGGAGGCCAGCCUGAUGACAGCUUUGGAAAUGCACCUCCGAGUUACUCCCAGGUACAGGUUCAAAGUGAGGCCAUCACUGAAGAAGACCUGAUUCUGAUCCAGGAGAGGGAGUCAGCCAUCAGGCAGCUGGAGUCUGACAUCACCGACAUCAAUGACAUCUUCAAGGACUUGGGGAUGAUGGUUCAUGAGCAGGGGGACAUGAUAGACAGCAUAGAAGCCAAUGUGGAGAAUGCAGAUGUCAAUGUCCAGAAUGCCACGCAGCAGCUGGCACGUGCUGCAGAUUACCAGCGGAGCUCCCGGAAGAAGAUGUGUAUCCUGAUGAUUGUGUUGGCCGUAGCUGCUGUUGUAAUAGGACUUAUCAUCUGGGGUGCUGUCAAAAAUUGAGGCCGUUCUCACACACUCCUGUACUGUGAAGCAGAUCCAGCGCUGGUAGCUUUAUCCUCGUAAUUGGCUUUAGGUGAACUUUUCCUGUCAGAUAUUUCUCUCCCCUUAAGCAGUAAAUACGAUCGGAACUUUGCUUGGUUCUCUCAUUCCAUUGAGCAACCUCUUCCCCAUCAAAGUCCAGAGUCUCUCUAUUGAUCCGAAUGUUAAAUAUUACACUUCACAGACAUGUGUGCAGGUGAAAUGAAGCAGCCAAUACGUUGAUCCCCUUUCAGUUUUAGUUUGGAAAGCUACGCGUCUUGUUCAGCCUGGUAUGCAAAUGAACAGCAAAUAAACAAAAGCUUGCCCUGGUUGAUAGAACAGUGUAAUCAACCACAUUAAGCUUAUCAGAAUGCAGCACCUGAAAAGACCAAUGACAUUUUUUAAACUUUUAUUUCUCAUAUUUCAAUCAAUCAUUAAGUGCCAUCUUCUCUUCAACCUCAAUCAUACAUUAAUAAUUUCUAUUAUGAUAAUAUUUCAACACACCUGUCUUAAAUAUUAUGCUUAGGAUAUUAAAUUGCACUCCUUGCGGUGCCAGUUAAGGGAGAGGCUUGUCCAAUCCUUUAAGCAGGUGUUGCAUUUCUCCCAAAUUGCCAAGGAAAAUGUUUCCUAUUAAUUGUUCGGCACACAAAGAAUGUAAAUACAAUGUACAGUUGCGACCAAAGGCAAGGGUCAAGUCAUUCUUGGAAUUCUGUUUUAUCAUUUGUUCCACUUGUUCAAAUCCAGUCAUGUCGCUUGUGCAAGAUUCCUGAGCACAUUUUCUAUCUGUUAUUGAUCGGACCUCAUUACAGGUUACUGUUGGUCUUUGGUGCUCAGGAAAGAUCUGAUCAGUAGGGUUGAGUGAACAUUUUGUGUGUUUCUUUUGUGAGAGGAGAGAUUUUUCUUAAUUUUUUUUCUGACAAACUACUUAUUGCUGUAAGUAACGUGAGAACAAUCUAGAAUCUAAACCAACCAAAGCCCUCCAAACAACAGUACUUUUUGCAGGUUAAGGCAAACACUAAAACUACCACGACAUCGCAGCUAUGAACAAUUACAAUCUCGUGUGUGUUUUUAAUAUGGAAACAAACUGCCCACUGUUUGCUGAAUAAAUGAUUGGAUCUAAAGUGGAAAGAGUUGUUUUUAAUCAUACAAAAAAAUGUAAUAUGAUGCCUGCAUCUCGCAGAGCUGUUUCAUGAGAAAAAUGUAAAAAUAAAAAGUUUGUCCAGCUGUCUAAAGCAGCUGACUUACAGUAAAGCCAAACAUUUUCACUGCCUUAUGUCAUGCGUGCAGGAGCAAUUUCCAGUGCUACAAUGUGUAGCUAAGUGCAUUCAUUCCUAAAAGUUAUCACAUUUUUUAAUCAAUAUUUUAGCCCAAACAUGCAUGAAAGAGAUGAUGAAAAGGGAAAAGUUAGAGAACAUUGUAUGCAGGAUGUGGCUGUGACUUUGUUCUUUUACCCAGUCUGUUAUGUAACACUGUCCAUCCUCUCAUACACUCCACAUGGUUUUGGACAUUUUAUAUUUUUGAGUUGAAUGUAAUUCAACAUGCUGCAGUGUUUAGAGUUACUUUUGGAAAGUGACGUUGACUCAAAUCUAAGUAAGCUGGGUUGUAUGAAGACCUUUAGGCGCAGAUUUAGGGGAAAUUUGUCAUAUUCUCUCUCCUCUCGGCCGCUGUAGCUGACUAUUAUCUUUCCCUUUUGUACAUUCGCAGGUUCAUCUAAAAGGUCACUAUGGUAUCUUAAGCACAUUCUAGGCAAGGACUGUAUCUAUUUGGACUUUGUUGCUCAAAAGGGAAUGAUAGCUUAAAAUGUUAACUAGAGAUGUAAAGCAUUUAUUCUCAUGAGCAAGAAAAACAUGAAUUCAUCUACUUAUUAUGCAAGAGUUUGUUCCUGUUUUUUGUUAACAGCAUUAACUCAGCAUUUUUCUACUAGUCUAAAACAAGCUUACUGACUGUAUCAUCUGUUAUUUGAUGAGGCUAAGGCAAGCACAAGGCUAUGUAGAACAAAGGAGGGCCGUGAGUUGAACCUAUUGGACGAUUCUAAA